AACAAAGUCUGUUAUUCAAACACUUCUCAAAAAUCUUCCCAAAUACAUUGAUAACUGAAAUAGGUCUGUAAUUGAACAUACUGUCUUUACUUCCAGAUUUAAAUAUUGCUGUCACUAUGCUUUCUUUAAAUUGGCGAGGAACUACUGAGGAUUUGAAACAGAGGUUGAUAAUAUUACAAACUUUUUGCUGUAACUCUUUGUUAUCCACUGCAGUUAGGAACAUAGAGUGAGCAAUGUUGACGUCAUGAAGAUCUGAUGUAUCAAGAAUUGAGUUUUGAUCAAUUAUAUUAUACUUCUUGGGAAGUUCUUUCCACGACGCACGCAGCUAUUGUUCUAAAUACCCAUUUCUGCAAUAUAAGGACCCUCUGCGUAUGACUUGA